CCUAUCCCCCACCGGAUCCAGUCGCACCCCCACUCAGCCGUCUUUUGCCCGAAUCCGAGUACUCUUUGGACCUGCGGCGGCUGCUUGAAUCCCCGGCGUAGCAGUGAUGGAAGAUGCCGGCCUUGAAUUCUUGCAGGAUACCGUCGACCGAUUUCUCGUCCAGGAGGAGUUUGUCGACAGCCUUGAACACCCAGAUCCAGUACCUCUUGCAUUGUUAACGCCUGACGAAGUGAAUCCAGCCGGCCAGGAAGCCCGGAAUGUUGCAUCUGGAUGCGGCAGCAAGUUGACGGUGGUGGCGCUGGUAGGCCGAGCUGCGGCGACCGACGGUAGCGGGAGAUAUCACCCACUGCGUCCGCGCAAUCUAUUGACAGGGCCCAAAAGGUACUACUUGGUAAGCUCAGAAAUUACAAGUCUCCAGGAGAAGCGCUCGGAUUUAGGUGUUAAGCCAAAGAACCAGAAGGUCAGGCCAGGUUGACCGAGUUAGGUUGAAUAUUCAGUAUGUGCACACCUCUGCAUAUCAUAUUAGGUUGAAUAUUCACCACAUCACUAUCAUGUUCUGGUUUGUACUUUCCGGCUACCAUACCUGUGCAUAUCAUUGCUUUUUUCAUAUUGCUACUUGGUGAUGCUCAAAUUUAUUAUAUGUGCAAUUUUCAGAUCUAAAUUGCU